AUGUCAUCAUUGAUUACACCAUUGCUUCUGAAGCAGGGUGCACUGUGGCGCACAAGCUACAACUACACAAUAAGUAGAUAUUGUCUACAAGCUGCAACCAUCUCAACAAACAAGUUGUUUCUUCGAACUCAUCUUCAACCAUCACAUUUCUUAUCAUCAUUAUACUCAACAACACAUUCAUCAUCAUCAAUAAGAUUAUAUUGUACAAACUCAAACAACAGCAACAACAACAAUGGUACAGCAACAACAAAGACGACGACAACGAGUGAAUCAUUGGACAUUGGACUGAUCAAGAAGGCAAUCACAUAUUUGAACGACAUUGAUAAGCAUGAGAAGGUAGAUUCACAGACAUUGAUUGAUCUUCAUCAAUCGAUAUUAUCAUUCGCUAAACAACUGCCAGAUGAUGGCAAAGUCAGAUAUAAUGACAAUGACACAGUGGAACAACGCUUCUAUGCCACCAAGUUCUUGAUGGCAUGGAACUUGCCACGCUUCUACAACGAAUCAUUGCCCAACAGUGACCGCAUGAACAACCCUUCCAACGAUGAGAUGUUGUUGGCUUGGCGAUUGUUAGAUGUUGACGAGCUGAGUGAUCCAGUCAUCAACGACAAGUUCAUCAACACGCGAUUGUCAAUAGGUAUCGAGUACCCUUUGAUGUUGGAGCGCGUCGCACCUCUGGUGCUGGACACUGUGGACUUGGUCGAGACCAAUCGACUCGACCCUCAUACAUCAUUCAUACGCAUGGCCCUGUCCUUCCAGCUGGCGGCACACCUGUCAAUGUGGGAGGAGAUGCGUAUACUUGGCGACAUGAUCUCGCUCAACUACUUGGAAGCAAUGUCAGUGAUGCAUCAAGAAUCAAUCAUGCAGCCCGAGACCUUUGACUAUCACUCAAUCUACAUACUGUUAAGCAGCACACUUGUCAACCUGCCCAGCGCUCACGCUUCGCGUCGUGCCGCGCUCAUGGACACCAAACAGCGAUAUCAAUUGGAGGUGUACUUGUUCAAGGACGCGCGUCUGGAAUGCAAGAAUAUCGAACCGGCCAUCGCCGAGCAGUCCACCAAGCAGUUUAUCGAGUCGAAUGGCGGUGCUGCCAUGCAAGGCCGCGACCGCAUCGUACAAGCUAAACAAAGCAACACCCUGGUACUCAAUCAAUGCGUGUUAUGGUACCUCGAGUUUGAAGGCCUGCCGCCUGUCACCCACUCUGGUGUGAUCAGCAGUGGCCAAGGCAACAACUAUGACGACGGACAACUACAUCUAUUUGGAUAUGUUCUAUGGAAACAGAGCGAGACGUUGGAAUUGGAAGUAUCAUCCGAGUUCCAUGGCAAGCUUGGACAUCAACAACGUGGUGAUGGUGGAAGUAGCUUGGAUGGCAAACCCAGUGACCUCCUAGUGUUCCAAGGUCAACACAAACGAACACUAAGGAAUACCGAGAAUGAUCAAACAUACAUCUACACAAUGGAUGUCAGUAUUGUAUUUAAACGUGAGUGA